GCAGGCAGGCAGGCACUGCGUGAAAAAUAUUACGAUUAAUAACAAAAGAUUUUCCUCAGAUUUUUAUAUAAAUUUGCGUUAAAAUGGAUGAAAAAUAUGAAAGUGUUAAACUGUGUUAUACAAUACAUAAAUAUUCUAGUUAUACUCCCAAUUAUGUUCCGGAAAACAUUAUGGUAAACAAUCCAUCAGAUCAGCUAUCAAAGUGGUUUACAGAUUGCACGACACCGUACCAAUAUAUUAUGUUAAAGUUAGAAUCUCCAUCAAUAGUGGAAACAAUACAAUUUGGAAAAUAUCUGAAGACUCAAGUCAGUGAUCUUAAGAAAUUCCAGAUUUUUGGUGGGACUGAUGAAAAUAAUCUGUCAUUACUGCUAACAGCUGGGCUAAAGAAAGACAGUUCACCUGAGACGUUCAGGCUGAGACACAAGACAACAGAGGGCUCAUAUUUGCCUGUGAGUUACAUCAAGAUCGUGCCUCUGCAGUCGUGGGGGCCGGCAUACAACUUCUCCAUCUGGUACGUGGAGUUGCAAGGCAAUAAUCAGGAGCAGCUUAUCAAUAGUGCCAUGGAAACCAUUAAUUUGCGUAAAGAAGAAGAAGCGGUGAGAAUGAUAUUGAAGCACUUGCGGCGGCGUCGCUACCGAGACGCCUUCGAGGCGCUCUCCAGAGAGAGUGGGGUGCAGCUAGAGGGUCCGCUACAGGCUCGGCUUUGGAAUGCUCUCGUUGAGAAUGGGGACUACAAACUCGCUGAAGAGAUACUUGAGGAAGCAGUUCAAGAAGGAGAGUUCGACUGGUACGUGUCGUGGCAGCCGUACAAGCCGGUGUGGAGACUGAUGUCGGCGUGCAGCGCGGGCGUGGAGGCGCGCCUGUGCUGCGAGCCCGCGCCGCCGCCGCCGCCCGGCCGCACCGCCGACCUGCUGUGCGCCGACCGCGAGCCGCAGGAGGCGGGCGCGGGUGGUCCGGCGUGCGACGCGGCGUACGAGUGCGUGACGGCUUGCAACGCGGCGGCGUGCUGCCGGCCCGGCCCGCGCGGCGGCCACCAGCUCGUGGUCGACGCCACCACAGGAACCCUAUACUUAUUCGGCGGCUGGAACGGCACCGAAGACCUGGACGACCUGUGGGCCUUCGACACCAACACGGAGCGCUGGUCGCUGCUCUGCGAGCACAGCGCGCGCGCCGGCGGCCCGUCGCCGCGCUCCUGCCACAAGAUGGCGCUGGACCCGCUGCGCAGGCGCCUCUACACCGUUGGCCGCUACCUCGACAACGCCCAGCGUAUACCCUCCGAAAUGAACAGUGACUUAUACAUGUACGACAUCACGGCUGGCGAGUGGCAGCUUCUCUGCCGUGACACGGCGGCGGCGGGCGGCCCGCGGCUCGUGUUCGACCACCAGAUGUGCAUCGACCCGGAUGCGCAGACCAUAUACGUGUUUGGUGGACGAGUGUUGCCUGCUAACACCGAGGAGUCGGCGAGCCCGGUAUACUCGGGGCUAUACGCGUACUACAUCGCGGCCAACACGUGGCAGGCGCUGCUGGCCGACCACACAGACGGCGCCGUGCCCGCGCCGCUGCCGCGCGUGUCGCACUCCAUGCUGUUCCACCCGGGCCAAGGCCGUCUCUAUAUGUUCGCGGGGCAGCGGAACAAGGAACACCUGGUGGACCUGUGGUGGUGGGACGUGCGCACGCAUCGCCGCGAGUGCGUGUGCAGUGCUCCGCCGCGCGCGCCGCCCGCCGCCGGCUUCACGCAGCGAGCGACCAUAGACCCCGAUACUGACGAGAUUUUUGUGCUGUCGGGCAUGAGCAAGGAGAAGGACAAGCGCGUGUACAACACGCUGUGGGUGUUCUCGCUGCGGCGGCGCGCCUGGGCCUGCGUGUACCGCUCCGACGCCGUGGCGCCCGGCCAGCCGCGCCCGCGCUUCGCCCACCAGCUCGUCUACGACCCCGUCAAGAAGAUUCACUACUUAUUCGGCGGCAACCCCGGCAACCACAGCUGCCCGCGGCUCCGGCUCGACGACCUGUGGUCACUUCAGCUCACGCGGCCCACCGCCGGCGCCGUCUGGGCCGGCGCGCGCGCCGCCUUGAGGGAGGCGCGCUAUAGAGAGCUGGCUGCGUCGCCACAGGCCGCGACAUUAGCCCUGCAGUACCUGAGGACUGAGCUACGUGAUGCGUUGGACCACUCGGACCCUGAACAGGUGGCGCGCUUCCAGAAGCUAGCGACGGUUUUAUUCGCGCCACCCGAGCCGUCGCGCGCGCCCGCCGCGCUCACGCCGCGCCGCACGCGCGCCUUACAGAGACGGCGGGCGCACGCGCAGCCGCAUCCAGACUUAGCGCAAGCGCUGCAAGCCGUCCUAGGCGCAGACGACAGCAUGCCCGAACCGCCUCAACCGUUCGAGGAGCUGGCCAGCCCCACGCCCGACACGUGGGACGUGGGCACCGACGAGGACGACGCCGGCGCCCAGCAGUGGGACGCGCGCGCCGCCCGCGUGCAGCUCUACGACGAGCUGUGCAAGUACUUCCGACCUAGUGCCGUGCCGCCGCCGGCCGACGUCGCCGACCUCGUCGCGCUGUAACCGCCGACGCCGCCGACCCCGCCGGAAGGUAACAAAAGGCGACAGCACUGCUGGCUCAAUAUUCAUCUUCUUUGAAUGUGUGAAGAACUGAAGAUAUAGUAGCAGUAUACACUGGCCGUUGCCAGCCGCCGUUGCUUGUCACCGGGGUAAAAAGUAAACCGCCGCUGCCGCCGGAAGGUAACAAAAGGCGACAGCACUGCUGGCUCAAUAUUCAUCUUCUUUGAAUGUGUGAAGAACUGAAGAUAUAGUAGCAGUAUACACUGGCCGUUGCCAGCCGCCGUUGCUUGUCACCGGGGUAAAAAGUAAACCGCCGCUGCCGCCGGAAGGUAACAAAAGGCGACAGCACUGCUGGCUCAAUAUUCAUCUUCUUUGAAUGUGUGAAGAUGUAGAGCACAGUCCCUUGCCGUUGCCAACCGCCGUUGCCUGUCACCGGGGUAGAAAGUAAACCGCAUUAAACGUUGUAUAACAGGCGAAACUAUGUUAUUUCGUUUCACCAUUCUAUGUACUCUCAAGUUAAUUUUCUCUUUAGCAACAAAAAAAUUAUAAUCAGAAAAGUAAACGGUACACGUUUUUUCUUAAAAAAAAAAUAGUACAAGGUGAAUGAAAAGAAAGAUACUAUAAAAAUUUGGUGCUUUAGUAUUAAGUUUAAUGAUUUGCCUUUUAAUGUCUCAACGUCGCGGAGUCCAAGGCCGAAUUAAAGAAUUCAUGUGGAUGCGAUUGUUGUCAUAUUUUUACUCAAUUAAACGGUAGUGACUAGGUUUAUAAAAUUGUAAUUAAUGCUGUUUGACAGCAGUAUCUUGAAUUUUUUCAUUCACUAAAUAAUAUUAUGACUCAAUAUUUCGUCAAAAGCGGUUAGGAGCCAAAAAAUGGUUUGACUUAUUGGAUGUUAUACAACGUUUGAUAAACAAGGCGGUUCUCAUCUACAUGACGUAUGUCUUGUGUGAAAUAAUAUUUCGAAAAAACUCGCCAAAGUUGCAUUUUCAUUAUUUCCACUAAUUCAUUGUUACAUCACAACCGGGUCAUCGUGGUUGGGCUAUAAAGCUCAGUUACUUACAAUAAAAAAUAUUGACAUACAAAUCAAAUUAAUCUAUUUAUUGUGACCAUUUAUGUUAUAAUGUGUGGUUAUAUGCGUUUAGACUUGCAGUAAAAGACAAUAGAAAUAACACUAAUUUAGAAAUAUGGCAUUGUCAGUCUACAUUAUGAGUCUGCUUGUAAACAAUAUGCAUAGAGCCAGCUUCAUAUCACUAACGUAAACUAAACGUAAAAUAACAUGAUACAAAUUACGUAAUAAAUAAGACGAACCUAAUGCAUUUUCGUUUAUAAUAAUAUUAUUACCUAUUCAUAUUUAUUGUAAAAUUAUUAGUGACAUUCUAAAUACACUCGACAUCAAAU